AUGCCGUCGAUUACCAAUUAUGGAAUUUCACCAGCCCACAAAUCCCACAAACAAUCUCAAGUUUCCGACUAUGACAAAGAUUUUAGUAUCAGGGCCAAUCCCGAGUUUCGGCCCAACACGGGCAAAACCAAUGAUGAUGUGGGCGGCAUUGGUAGUUUGACUGAAGUGGUUUCCCGCUUGCGAUGGGCUACGAUUGUCACUGCGUUGGGAACCAUUGUGUGGGAAGGUUUUGCCUUUCCCGCCCGAUUGUUGAUUGAUUUCUGGAUGAAUUCGGCACGAGUCAUUCUCGCUGCGUAUUUGGGAGUAUUUGCCUUGAUGAUAUUGGGAGUGGAGUUGAAUGCUCCCAUGAAGGAUAGUUUUGGGAUUCUUUAUCACCCGAUUGGUCGAAGUUUUUUGCUAUUCCUAAUGAGCAGUAUGUGUCUAGGACUACUAGAGGCAUGGUGGGAAGCUGCCUUGGGAAUGUGCUAUUUAAUUUGUGGAUCUGGCUAUGUCUAUGCCUAUUUCCGAUACCCCGAGUAUCAGCGAUGGGACGACUGCAACGAGAGUCAAGUAUGGGCCAAUAUGCGAACGGCAAUACGGCGGCGGACGAAUCCAUGGGCCAAUCCAAAUGGAAGAAGCAAUCUCGCGUCGGAUUGGACCACAUUUGAAGAAGCUGAGACAUUACUGUAA